GUCAAUGACUUGUCAAAAACUCAAAAAUAUACUUCACUUGUAUUGCAAUUGCAAUCGAGAAAGGAGGAGAGCAAAUCAAAGAGGAUGACAGUUGCUGAAUUGGGACAGCUGAAUCUCGACCAACUUCCCCCAUCUCUUGGUGUAUCUCGUACUGUCGAUUGCUACCAAAAUUUGGAGCAAAUUGGCGAAGGAACUUAUGGACAGGUAUACAUGGCCAAAGAAGUCUCGACCGGGGAAACUGUUGCUUUGAAAAGAAUAAGGAUAGAGAAUGAGAAAGAGGGGUUUCCUAUCAGUGCUAUCAGGGAAAUUAAAACUUUGGCUAAGUUGAAGCAUGAGAACAUAGUAAAAUUAAAAGAGGUUGUGGUAUCUCAAGGUCCAGAUAGCAGUAAGGAACUGGCUGCAACUAGAGAUAGUUUGGGUAAUAAGUACAAUGGUGGUGUAUACUUGGUGUUUGAGUACAUGGACCAUGACUUAACAGGCCUCUCAGAUCGUCCUGGCCUGAGAUUUACUGUACCGCAGAUUAAGUGCUAUAUGAAGCAACUGCUAACUGGGCUCCAUUACUGUCAUGCCAAUAAUGUACUUCAUCGGGAUAUCAAAGGGGCUAAUGUUCUGCUAAAUAAUAAUGGAAGCUUAAAGCUCGCAGAUUUUGGGCUUUCAUGCUCCCUAUUUAAUCCUCAUAAAGAAGAACUUACUAAUCGUGUAGUCACUUUGCCAUACAGACCUCCUGAGUUAUUGCUAGGAGCCACAAGUUAUGGGCCCGCAGUUGACAUAUGGUCUGCUGGUUGCAUUUUUGCGGAGCUUUUGCAUGGGAAACCCAUUAUGUUUGGGAAAAGUGAGCCAGAGCAAUUGCAUAAAAUCUUUGAGCUUUGUGGAAGUCCUGACGAAGGAAACUGGCCUGGUGUUUCCAAGAUCCGCUGGUAUAAUAAUUUCAAGCCUGUGAGGCCCAUGCGUAGGCGUUUACGAGAGGUUUUCAGACAUUUUGAUGCACACGCUCUUGAUUUGCUAGACAAAAUGUUAAUUCUUGAUCCUGCAAAGAGGAUUUCUGCAAACGAUGCACUUGCUGCUGAAUAUUUCUGUAUGGAACCGCUACCUUGUGAUCCAAAGAGCUUGCCCAAAUAUGAGGCAUCACACGAAUUCCAAACAAAGAGGAAGAGACAAGAGCAGCGUUUGAUCGAGGAAACUGCAAGAAAACUGAACUUGGCUCACCCACCACCUCAUGCCCGUCUUCCACCUAUCCAACAGAGUGGGCAUGUCUUCCAAGAUCGCAACCACUCCGUGAACCAGUUGCAACAACUACGGCCCUCUGGACCUAGCAAUGUGUAUGGCAAUCCUCUUGUUGACGCAGGAUUGCCAAACAGGUAUCCUCCAAGUGGAAAUUUGACUGCUGCAUUUAACCCACCCCUUGCUGUCCCGGCUCAAGCUAGUGGUACUUCAACAGCACCAUAUCCUCACGUGCGACCUGGCCAGUAUGCUACGGGUAAUAUGGCUAGUCGAUCAACAGCUACUAGUUACCCUGCAGGACCUCCUGGGUUUUCACAUCGGUUUUCAAAUCUUCCUAGUAGCCAAAAUCAGCAAUUUGUCUGGCAACAAUGAGGAUCAUGUGGGUUUGACAGAGUUUCUUUGUAAUCAACAUAGUGAUUAAGGAUGUGAAGUCUCAUGACGCUGAAUUAGUGAGCCAGAUUGUGAGGAAUUAGCUCACUUGUACAGUUAGAUAAGUCUCAAUAUGAUUUUCUUUAGAAUGUAGUCUCAAUUUUUUUAUCAGCUGUAAUGACUUAUAUUAGUAGAUUUGGAAAAUUAGUGCACUAAUUGUACUAAUUGUAGUAGAGUAAUAUUGCAUAUAUCCCAUGGACCCAAUGUCAUGAGAUAAUGAGAAUAUGAGAUAUCAUAUAAGCUAAGUUUGUUUUUCUCGCAAUUGAUUUGUAACGUACAUAAUCACAAAUGGACCAAUAUUUAUGAAUGGGAAAGGUUUUUAAAGGUUCCAAACUUUCAAUCAUCCUGACACUAUAAGAAC